UUGUAUCCCACCAGUUCCUGACUGCAGCGAGCUUCACUGUCACAGUGAAAGCCCACAACCAUGUGGGGAGUGUGACGGCCAGCACAGGAGUCUCUGUGCUCCACAGAAUGCCGUCGGUGGAGAUCCGCACGGAUAAGUCAGCGUAUGCCACCGACAGCGAGGUGGUCUUUGUCGCUGUGACAGAGGAGCCCGGUCCCCUGGAGUUCCUCUGGCACUUCGGAGACAAGUCCCCCGAAAGAACCGUUUCCAGGAGGAUAACAAAGAGAUUUCCUUCUCCCGGGCGGUACAACGUCAUUGUCGAAGCUUCCAACGAGCUCUUCUCCUUCGCCUCGGGCAUCUACCCCCUGACCGUCCAGAGAGCGGUCCAGCCCAAUCGCCUCUUCUCGGACGCCUCCGCGCUCCCGAGCGCAAACGUCCGCUUUGACUGCAGGAUCAACGCCGGGACCAGCGUCUCGUACCGCUGGGACUUCGGAGAUGGAAACCGGAGAACGGGAAGGAGCUCUGAAUAUCAUGUAUUUAACAGGACGGGAGAGUUCACGGUGGAAGUGACCAUGUUUAACCUGGUCAGCUCAGCCUCGCUGACCAGACAGAUCUUCAUCGUUCCUGAGCCCUGUCAGCCUCCUCCAGUCAAAAACAUGGGCCCCUUCAAAGUGAAGGUCAGCCGACACGAGGCCCUGCGCCUGGGGGUGACGUUUGAGGCCGAUGUGCAGUGCGGCGAGUCUCGGGCUCUGCUCUACCGGUGGGCCGUGUACGACGCCAGCGGUGCGCCCGUGCUGCUCCCUCCGGUGGAGAGCAGUCGGCAGGUCAUCAAAGUCCCGAAACAUUCCCUGCACUACGGAACCUACACCGCCGUCGCCAGGGUCCAGAUCAAAGGCAGUGUAGUUUACAGUAACUACUCUGUGCGCAUCGAGGUAGUUCCGACCCCACCCGUUAGCAUCAUUAUCGGGGGCACCAACAUCUUCAUCAGCAGCAAGAACGAGUCUCUGCUAACACUGGAUGGAAGGGGAUCCUAUGACCCCGACUACCCUCACAACCCCAUGAGGUACCGCUGGGACUGCGAGCCGGUCAGUGGAGUGAAGUCCUCGUGCUUCGACAGCCCCGUGCCUCUGUCCUCGCCGGUGGUGCGGUUUCCAGCUGGCGUUCUCAAGCGCACCUUCGACCAGUUCAGGUUCGAGCUGAAGGCGCAGAGCGGAGACCGCUGCUCGGCCGCUGAAAUGUUUGUCACGGUCAAAGAGGGUCUGUCCAGAAAGAUAAGAGUGACUUGCCCCAAGUGCAGAGGCAGCACUGUUAAUUGGAAUGAGCAGUUUUCUGUUCAGGCUCUUUGUGAAAACUGUGGUGAGAGUGAAAAUGUCACAUUUACCUGGAAUUUGUAUUUGGUAAAUGCAUCUAGCAAGAUCGUUCUUGAAGUUCCUUUCUGCAAGACUCUCGACGUCAGCGUCCCUGCAGGCUUUCUCAAAGAGCCCCCGUCGGCUGCACACACCCCUCCGGCCUCCUCCUCCUCCUCCUCCAGCGCACCUCCUCCUUCCAGCUCUCCCCCCGUCUCUCGCUCCUCUCCUCCCUCUCGGACCUCCCCUGCGGUGUCUUCUGCUCCCACGGGUGCCUCAGUCUCCCCAAAACACCCCGCCGCACCCCUCACGGCGGACACUCUGUCCACAAGCCCGUUGUCCACUUCCGGCCCCUCCCUGACUCCAGUCACCUUCUUCCCUGCGGACCCCCUGCCCUUCCCCUUCCCUUUCCCCGAGGAGGGGGAGCCCCCUGGUGGCCGACCUCGCCGCGAAAGGUCACCGGCGCCCACAGGUCCAGAGCGCCGGACCAACAGCCCCACUCCCUCGGGCCCGGCUCCAGACUAUGAAUUAUAUUACAAUGAAAUUGAAGAAGCAGACUCAGGAACCUAUGAAGGAAGACCUAUAGGGUCUGGGAUCAGCGUAGAGGAGCCCUGGGGGCCUGAGCCAGCCGAAGGAAACGACCUGGUGGCCCCCCACAGCGCCCUCGUUAAGCCCCCCAUUCAAACCCUGCUGGACCUGGACCGGCAGCUGGUGGACAAGACAGCCCUCCGGACCCUCACGCUGACUGGGAUUUCAUCGCCUGUGAUAACGUUUAAACCUUUCAUGCUGAAGGCGAAGAGUCUUUACAUGCUGGAGGUGACGGCGGCUUCUAAGGAGAAUUCCCUGGGUAAAACCCAGUUCUUCUUCUCCACUAAUGAGGUUCCUGAUGGUAUGACCUGCCAGGUUCAGCCCAGUAAGGGAUAUGAGGUCCACACAGACUUCAGCAUUUUCUGCACUUCAGGAAAAGAGGACCUCCUAUAUGAGUACAGCUUCUCCACUGGCCCCUCUCCGAGGACGGUCCUUUAUCGUGGAUGGGACUUUCAGUAUUACUUCAAGCUUCCUUCCGGAGACCCGGCUGAUAACUAUAAAGUUACUAUUUACACCGAAAUACGCAACAGGUUUGGUUCUGCAACCAAGCUGUGCGCAGUGAAUGUGACUGUCCUGCCCAGUUUCCGGAGAAACCUGUCAUCCAUCUACAGUCCUGACCAAGAGCUCUACGUCGAUGGUUUGAGAAACCUUACAGCCCUCCUGCAAAUGGGGAACAUCGUUGAGACUCGAAACUAUGUCGUUGUGCUGACCCGCGUCCUGAACCGGCUGAGCCCGGGCCCUGCUGCUGUGAGGGAGCUGCAGAGACAGAUCAGGAUGGCCUUGAUCUCUGCAGUCUGCCAGCUUCCUGUGGAUGACCAGGAAUCAAUGAUUGAUAACCUCUCCAUGCUUAAAGAUCUCAUUCACGUUACUGACCAACUCGCGCUGGACAGCGCCCGACGUGUCACCAGUCAUAUCCGAGCCAUGGCCGCCCGGCUCCACGAGCCCGGCGCCCACACCUCCCUCUCCCUGGACGAGUGGACGGCGAACGCGCUGGUGUCUCUGCUGGCCGGGGUCCUGGAGGCGCCGCUCGACCCCGGAGAGGAAGCGGUCCGGCUGACCACGGACAGCCUCAGGACCGCCUCGGACCUGCUGCUGAGGUUCGUUCUUUCCAGCGACGCCACGGAGCACAGCGUGAGCACCCGCCUGGUGGAGGUGAAGACGCGCCGGCUGGCCCUCUCCGGGGGCACAGUCCUGGGCGCCGGCCCGGCCAGCUUCCGCCUCCCUGGCGCCCUGUCCGGGCACGGCGGCGGCCCCUGCCUGGUCGCCCAGCUGGUGCUCCUCCGGCGAGGCCUGCGUCUCUGGAGCAGGUCGCCGGCUCAGAUCGACGGUGAUGUCGCUGACCUACGUCUGUAUAACUGCACCACCAGGAAAGAGAGAAAAGUGCGCUCGCUGUCCACGCCGGUCCAUAUUGAAUUUGAGAAGAGGAGGAAUAACGGAAGCAGCUCUCCAGAAUAUUCUCUGCUGCGCAGUCAGAUGAACGUCCACGAGUUCAAUGUGACAGCAGGACACCAGCAGGAGGCGCUGCAGAUCACAGUGCAGCUCACUCGGCCUUCCAGCCCACCGUUUCCCAUCAUGCUUUUGUUCAGAAUGUUUGAGAAACCAACUCCCAGCUCUUACAAUGUGAAGAGGGUUCACAGCUGGGAGGGAAAUACAGUUCAUAUUUUCAUGCCUCCUUUGUCUGUGAAAGAUCCUGGCAGUUACUAUGUGGCUCUGCUCAACGCUGAUUACAACAGGACACCCACCAACAAAUACAUCGCCAGUGCUGUGAGCUACACCUUGAGCAUUGAGUGGACGCAGUGUCUGUACUGGGACGGCGGUAAAGACUGGAGGUCAGAGGGCUGCUCUCCCCUGCAGAGCUGGUCAGCCAGUAAAGUGAACUGCAGUUGUAACCAUCUGACAACGUUUACCAUCGCAUACCAGGAAGUCAGCAGCCAUUAUUACUUCACAGAUGUGUCCCAGUUUGUUAGCCUAGUCGAUAACCUGGUUCUGUGCAGCGUGACGUUUGUCUUUCUGGGGAUCUACCUUGUCCUGGCUGUUGUCUGCAAGCGAGCUGAUCUGGAAUGUGAGAGGAGGAGCGGACUGGUCUUCCUGCAGGACAACAGCCCACUGGACCGGCAGUUCUACACCAUCACCGUCGACACAGGCUUUAGAUCCAGAGCCACAAUGACCGCCAAGGUUCACAUCGUUUUACACGGCGAGGAUGGGACUUCGGAGACCAGAGAGCUGAGCUGCUCCGGCAAACUGCUCUUCGGGAGAAAUUCAAGACACACCUUCAUCUUGAGCGCUCCAGACUCCCUGGGCCCCAUCUGGAAAGUGCACAUCUGGCAUGACGGCCGCGGCCCCUCUCCCAGCUGGUUCGUCAGCCACCUGGCGGUGCGGGACGUGGCGUCCGGCACCGGCUGGCUCUUCCCCGCGGAGUGCUGGCUGGCGGCGGACGAGGGCGACGGGAAGGUGGAGCGCGAGCUGACCCCUCUGACCCAGAGCCCCGGCUUCGGGAAGCUGCUGUCCGCCACGCUGACGGAGCUCCUGGAGGACUUCCACCUCUGGGCCUCGGUGUGCACGCGGCCUUCCCACAGCCCCGUCUCACACUCCCAGCGCCUCGCCCUCUGCCUGCUGCUGCUGCUGGGCUACACCGGUCUCAACGCCCUGCUGGUGCACCUCCGGGACGACCAGUUCUCCGCUGCGCUGGGCCUCAUUGAUGUCUCCUGUGAUUCCCUGGUGAUGGGAGUCUGCAGCACCCUGACUGUGUUUCCACUGGUGGUCCUGGUGUCCCUGCUCUUCCGGUUCAGUGAGGUGACUGCUCAUAAACAUACCAAUACUGGAGACCACAGCGCUGGACGAGCACCAGAUAUCUUCUCCGUGGAAGCUCACCUGGAUGGCCUGCUGGCAGAGGACAGUCUCUUUGAGUCUUACCAAUCCUGGCACAGCCUCCAGCAUUGGGCUCAAGAGGUCUGGAGGAAGAAGUAUGAGCGUGGCGGUCCGGACGGGCGCGCUCUCAGCGUCGUGUCCGGGGGGCAGGGGGGCCAGUGCGGCUCAGAGCGCAGCUCCAGUGGCUUCGAGGACGGCAGUCCGGCGGCCAGAACCCUCCAGUCCAGCAGCGACCUCUCCUGCACCCCCCAAGGCUGCGCUCUUCAACAGCACACCUCUGGAGGCAGAAGAGCUCUGCCUCCCUGGUGCCGUCAUGUGGCGUGGGCUCUCUGCUUGUCCCUGUCUGCCACCUGCGCCAUCGUCACUGGAGUCCUGGGAAUGAAGUUUAGCAGUAGCCAGUGUCUGCUGUGGAUCCACUCCGUCUUCGUCUCUUUGCUCUUCUGUGUUUCUGUACUGCAGCCCGUCGUGAUCUUCAUCAUGGCAGUGGUGGUGUCGCUGAAGAAUAAAGACCAUUGCGACUUUUACAAAGGCCACGAUGAGACGUGCCCUGCUCUUCAGAUGGUGGAGAACUGGAGACUGAGGGGAGGCUGCGCCCCUGAGAGCCACCUGUACAGCCCAUACCAUCACCGGCAGCGUGGGCACACUCACUUCGACAGGAUUGUAGCGGCUCGGCAGAGAGCCCGGUACCUGCGCCUCGUCAGACCACCCUCCCCUGCACAGCUGAGGGAGUUGCGAGACAGGAUGAAGAAGGAAUCCCUGCUGCAAAAUAAUUUCAGGGAGCUCGCCCUUUGCACGCUCAUGUUACUCCUGCUUCUGUUCGUCACUUACGGGAAGUUCUCCAGCAGCCAUUAUCGACUGAAUCAUGCCGUCCGGACUGAGUUCACCCGGAGUCCAAAGCACCCAUUUCUGGAGGUGAAAACACACAAGGACUGGUGGAACUGGUGUCUAACCACUUUCCUGGAUGGUCUCUACUGGGAUACAUGGUACAACAACGCUUCAGCUAGAAACAAGGCAGGUGCUGUCCGGGGAACGUGUGUCCUGAUUGGAGAGCCGACUCUUAAGAAAGUAGAGGCCACUGCCGACGCCGUGUGCGAGGUGAGCACAGUGCCAUCGGUUUCUCACGCAGACUUUCACCUGACGCGCUUUCCAGAGCCCAGACAAUUUAACUUCUACUUGGAGGAAUUCGACAGCCUCAUGGAUGAACUUUUGUUCCGGCUCAACGCCCUGUCCGACAGUCUUCACCACACUCUGCCUGCUAAAGAGCCGGUCACUGCCAUCCUCAUCAGUCUGCUCUACUACGCCUGCUCCUUGUAUAACUACAUUCUGACCGUCGAGUCAAUAGACCACCUUCAGAGGGAAAACUUCAAGGCUUUUGUGGAUCUUAGUCUCCUUUCAUCUUGGGAACAGCUGAGGCGCGGUCUGCAUGGCCUGAUGGUGUCCCUCCUCCUUGUGAAAUGUGUCUUCGUGCUGCGUGUGAAUAAACUGAUGGCCCUGUCUGUGACAACGCUGCGCCUGUCCUUUUCUAGUCUUACAGGGCCUGUGGUGGCAGGUGUUAUAAUCAUAGCUGCCUAUGCCUGCCUGGGAAAUCUCAUAUUUCUGCCUACCUCGAGGACAUUCAGCACUUUCACAAGGGCACUCCAGACUCUCCUCACGCACCACAUGGGACAGAGACAGCUACAGACAUUGUCCUCACCACAGAGUGCCAACCAGCUGUUCCUGGCUUUGUAUUAUGGGACCCUCAUGGAUGAACUUUUGUUCCGGCUCAACGCCCUGUCCGACAGUCUUCACCACACUCUGCCUGCUAAAGAGCCGGCCUGCAAGGAGGGCGAAAGCUCUGGGCUCUGUCAGUCAGACUGUGACUGCAGCCUGGACUCGGAGGUAACCUCUCCGGCUUUGAGCACGAAACAGCACGCAGGUGACAGCGAGGGUCAAGCACGGAGAAAGGGAGGGAAAACCGAAGCACUCCUGUUCCAGGACGGCCCAGAGACGUACCACGCGUCCCUGCCCCUUGAGGAAGGCACAGUGAGGAAGGAACAGAAUCAGCUGAGAUCGCAGCUCGAAUGGGAGCCGCUCCGGCCCCUGCGGCGGAAGGGAGAGGGGAUCGCUCCGACGGGCUCCCGGGGGAAUCCGGAGCAGCCCAGCUGUUCCCCAGACAGGGCGGGCCCCCCCUGCGCUGGGGUCAGAGCAGGGCCCCCCGCGGCCGACCCCGACCACUACAGCCUGGCCAGCCUCGGACACGACCUGCCCCACGUCCUGUGCGGGACCAGGUGCCCCGAGAAACGGGCGUCCCAAUGCGGGGCCGGCUGUCCGGGGGUCCCCCCGACAGGCCUGCCCGCCCGGAACCGCCGGGUGCUGACGCGGUCCCGCUCCGCCGUGAUCCAGACGGCCCGCCUGUCCGGACCGCGCUCCCCGCCGGGGGGCAGCGGGAAAGGGCGCCGGCUCAAAGGCAGGUCCAGAAUCGCUCCCGCUUCCGGGCCGACUCCCGACCCGCGGGCCGGGCCGGCGAGACAGUGCUGGUGACCCGCUUCUGAACGCUGAAAGAAGGGGCAGGCUCACGAGUCAGAGGGCGACCAGGCCAGGUCCCAGUGGAGAGGCAGUCUGGGAGCACUGGAGCGACUAGAGGGAAUGGACUGGGAAUGGACAAGAACUGCGAAACAAUCUGUGUGUUACAGAAAUACAGAAUAAAAAGGCAAGAGAA